GCGGUGUUUUGUUUUCGUCACGUGACACGUUCAAACAAUACGUCAUCGUUGUUUUCUGCGAAUCCCCUUUCAAGCGUCCGCCAUUAUUAUUACGUCACAAAGAGCGCUGCAGCUAUGCAACAAACGCCCUUUGCCUUCGCCGCCAGUUUGCGCGCCAAUGCGAAUUCAGCUCGGCUGAUAAUAAAAGAAACAAAGGCGCUCUCUCUCGUUUUGUGACGCGACGUCCUGUGACCCGCUUUUGUUACGUCAGAAUCUCCCGCUUUUUUCCUCCAGUCCGCUGGAGCAACAGGUCUCCUUUUUCUCUCGUCGCUCCUUUCUUGUUUCUUUAAUUAGCGCGCACACUCACGCGCUCGAUUCCCGCGUCCGCAGACGCAAGCGAGACGAAAUAGAACGGAGCAGUCACGGUCGAAUUGAGAAACAAAUACGAGGUUUAUGUAGCAAGCUGUAGCUUAGAAUAUGAUAAGAAGCCAAAAUGGUGUUUCUAAAACAAAUAAUUGAAGUAACAGAUUAUAAUGUGAGGUAAAGUUUGUAUCGGCGCAUUGUUGCAUCGGCCGGGAAGCGUGUCCUUCGACUGUCUGUCCGCCAUUACAGUAUUGUUCCUGCCUUAGAACCGUUCUUCAGCCCGAACAGUCAAUUAAACACGAUCAGCUUCCAUAAUCAGAAUGAGGAAACGGUGUGACUAACUCGCGCAGCUUAUCAGCAUUAUUUAUCGAAGUUAUUCUUCUUCAGUCCUCAUGCGUCCUUUAAAGUAAUAGUGUGUAUUGUUAGAUUAUGACAUCAGGGAGAUUAGGGCGGGGUUAUGUCACGAAUUGAUUGUGACGUCAUUGGUGUCAGCUGUUCGGGCAACUGUUGUCGCCUGUCAAUCAAAUAUGUGAGGUAGCGCAAGUUUACCUUCUCACCUACCCAGUAAUUGUGGGAAUACCAGACAACGCACUGACCACUCGCUUACAUAUCUAUGUGGCGUGACGUAGUUAGAACUGUAAAGAGCAUCGGGAAUUUUAAUAAAGCUAUGCCGACGAAAUAGCUUAGCUGGGUCAGCGUGUCAUAUGAUGCAAGCGCAUUAUAAGCGAUUUAAGUGGAAACAAAGAGACAGUCGUGUUUAAUUUCAUAAUGCAGCCAUAUGUUAGCUUAUGUUACCAGAACGAAUAGUGAAACCGUUUAAACUUGUAGGCAGUAUUCAGCGUUUUUGAUAAGCGCUCGUUAAUAAUCUAUUGAAUAUCCAGAAUGCCACUUAGUUGACUUGAUUGUUCCGCAAACAUAAUAGUUCAGUCGUUCAGAGAGUCGUUGCGUUCGCUUGCUUUGCAAUUGUCUGCCAAUUUAGCGCCGUUCUGAGAUUGUCCAAGUAAAUGAUUAACUCGUGUGUUUAUUAUCGCUUCAGUCUCUAUUAUUUGUUGGUCGUAUAGAAUAUUUGUAUCUUAUAUGGUAAACAUCGCUAUUGUACCACCACACACUCCUAUGGUGACUCAUAGUCGGUUUCCUUCCACCGCCUCGGGCGAAACAAUAAUUGCUUCUUCGUUGAUGACGUGUCGCCAGCGUUCCACUUCGCUGCGUUUCGUUGUCGGGCCGAAGACGGCGGUAAACAGUCGUUGCUUCCGGCAUUGUAUACUGCGCCUUUGCAUGCCCGAUCCCACACGUCGUGUUCGCCGGAUUAAACCCACCUUGGUUUGAUAAAUAGCUUGUGUUACGGAUGUGGUUCAUACAGCCCCCACGCUUUUUGACAUCCGCCGUUAUAAGGUACGUGGGGAACCUGCAUACAACUAACACAAUACAAACCUGCGGCAGACGCAUCGGCGAAUGUUUUGACAUCUUUGCCAACAUGUAGCGCCAUUGAUCCUAGUUUAAAAAUCUAGGUUACGUUUCUGUAUGGUUUUCUCUGUGGAAAUCACGCUGGCACCAUACCAUCGAUCGUCGUCGCGCCUGUGUUGCGUGGGACAAUCGAAGCACCGAUGUUUCGGUGAGAAAGUUUCACCGCACCACUCGCGCCCGUUGCUUCCACGGCGUCCUUUAAUGCGUCGCUAAAUUUCGAUUUUAUUUCCGUGUUUGGAUGAAUUAUUUAAGCAGUACUGCAACAUUACCUAUGCAGCGCUAAAGGUUACGAAAUAGCCGUCUCUAAUACUAUUCGUUCAACACACGCAGUUACUUUGUUUACUUUAUUUUUCAUUCUAACCUACGCAGCUAGUAAAUUAUAUUGGGCUUGAAUCGCUGCUUGUUCUGUGCGGAUCAACCUACCAACAGCCUUGUCCUCGUCGUCCAGUUUGUCGGAUUUACUUUUAAUUCAACACGAAGUUAAUGAUUGUGGAGCAAGAUCGGCGAGUCGUCGACAGUCUGAUCCCGUGUUCGGUAUUUAACCGUUCGCCGGAACCCGGGGUCAACUGGAGGUCAUCGCCAACGUCAGAGGUCAUGUGGAAUUCAUCUGUGACGGUUGGAAACCCCCCUUCAUAUAACAAUCACGUGUCCUGGAACGCAUUAUCUUCGUGUAGAAUUGACUGGUUUAACAGCAAGACGGGUCGCGUGGAAGGAGUGACUCGUCCUAGUAAAACAUCUGCCGUACAAGUUCACGACCAAGCCGCGAAAAGUUACGACCACGAGCAAGUCCCAUGGAGUGGUGAUUACGCUGCCGAUAAUGACGAUGUCUUAUCUCACUGCAGCGCCGCUCAUUCACGAGGUAAUAAACCAAGCAGCAAGAAUCCCUUUACUGCAUUACUGGCACCUCUUGGUUCUAUAGCACUUUCGGAAGAAGGUUGUCGAGAUUGCACGCGUCUACGCUCCAACCGACGCCACCCCCAGCAUAAGAUGGCACAGGGGGGACAGGAAAUGCAACAUCAAUUCUAUGCACAACAACAAAAGGAGCAAAUGGCAAGAAUUCCUGGUUCGUUCCGUGAAUCAAACACUGCACCAACUAGAAAACUCUCAGUGGAUUUGAUAAAGACAUACAAACACAUCAAUGAGGUUUAUUAUGCAAAAAAGAAAAGAAGAGCACAACAACAAAGUUCCGAGGAGACGAGACCGCAGAAGGAGCGUCGUGUGUUUAACGAUGGAUACGAUGAUGUUAAUUAUGAUUAUAUCAUUAAGAAUGGGGAAAAAUGGAACGACCGAUAUGAGAUUGAUUCUUUAAUUGGGAAAGGUUCUUUUGGGCAGGUGGCCAAAGCAUACGACCACGAAGAACAAGAGUUUGUCGCAAUCAAAAUAAUCAAGAAUAAGAAAGCUUUUUACAAGCAAGCCCUCAUUGAAGUUCGCUUGCUUGAGUUAAUGAACCGUUACGACAGCGAUAAUAAAUAUUACGUUGUUCGUCUGAAGCGACAUUUCCAUUUCCGCAACCACCUGUGUCUCGUGUUUGAGCUUCUAUCAUAUAAUUUGUACGAUUUGUUGCGAAACACCAAUUUCCGUGGGGUCUCUAUAAACCUCACAAGAAAAUUUGCACAACAGUUAUGCACAGCGUUACUUUUUCUCUCCACACCUGAAAUUAACAUCAUUCACUGCGAUUUGAAACCGGAAAAUAUCCUCCUUUGUAAUCCUAAGCGGUCGGCGAUUAAAAUUAUUGACUUUGGAAGUUCCUGUCGACUGGGAGAGAGAAUAUACCAAUAUAUUCAAUCCCGUUUCUAUCGAUCUCCCGAAGUGUUACUUGGUAUCCCGUACGACACAGCCAUUGAUAUGUGGUCACUGGGCUGUAUAUUAGUUGAGAUGCAUACUGGAGAACCUAUCUUUGCAGGAUCUAAUGAGGAGGAUCAAAUGAACAAGAUCGUUGAAGUAUUAGGAAUGCCACCUCAGCAUAUGCUCGAUUCUGCUUCCACUCAAAAAGUUCGCAAAUUAUUCGAACGAAACCAAGAUGGAACGUGGAGAGUCAAGAAGCAAGGAAAGAAGUACAAAGAUCCUGGGAGUCGGAAACUACACGAUAUCCUUGGAGUAGAAACGGGAGGACCUGGAGGAAGAAGAGCAGGGGAAGCGGGACACACAGAGCAAGAUUAUCUUAAAUUUAAAGAUUUGAUCCAGCGCAUGUUAACUUACGACCCAAAAGAUCGUCUUACCCCUUUCUACGCGUUACAACACAGUUUCUUUAAGAAAACCGCCGACGGUUCAACAAACACGUCAUCUAGUCCUGCUCAAGACCUCAGCAGUUCCUCUACUGGGAGCAGCAGUUCUAGUGGCAGAGCACGUUCUGAUCCAGGAGCCCACCCUGUGUUCACAACCACUGCUGAGAUAUCAGCUUCAUACAUCUCCCCAUCUAACAAUGCAAGCUCGAGCAAGAUGAGCCACAGCAAACCCACCCAAGGACCCAACCCCUCCUACCCCCAAUACCCCACUGCGUCCACUCAACUGCCGGGGGGUAUUUACCCUUCUCCCUCCUCACCCAGCCACACCAGAAACAAUGGACAGCAUUAUCUUACCUCGCAACCCCAACCCUUCGGUACUAUACAAGGGGGAGGCCCCUUUAACCCCCAUUAUGGGACCUCGUCACCCCCACAAACGUUACCCUCCUCCUACUACCAACCCUCACUACCUGGUAGUACGGGUGACAUGGUCCCUUUAAGUCUCCAAGCUCCUACAGUGCUGAUACCAAAGCACCAGCUGCUCCCCCCAACAAUGGUACCCCCUCUGUUACCCAUGGACUUUGGCCAGCAGCCUAUGAAUCGCAUGAACAAUCAGACCACGCAGGGUUACCACGCGCGAACGCACUCGCAACAAGACUCUCCGAUGACGGGAGUUCAGGUUCAGCAAUCUCCCGUCCCGUCGUCGUGACGGCACGCCACCUAGUGCGUGGUCUAAAACAUAGAAAUCUUACGCUGCUCGUUCCUGCUAUUAGUGGUGCUGUCACAUGACACUUUGUUCUGUAUAUAAUUGCUAUUGUUACCUACGAAAAACAAAUACAUUGUAUUUCGACACGUGA